AUGGCGGACCACGGUGGUGGUGGCAGUGGCGCCUGGGAGCAGCAAAGGCAUCAUUACAACAGCCAUGCCAGUACCACCCUUUCCACUCGUGAAGCUCUGAAACAGCGCAGUGAGGGGCCCGCCCAGGAACUGAAGAACUUUCACAACCAUGUGAAGCGCCAAUUAAUAUUGCGUUUCGCGCACAAACAGGAGAGGCUUCUAGACCUGUGCUGUGGUCGUGGUGGUGACCUGCAGAAGUGGCGCGAGGCGCAGGUCGGUUACGUCAGGGGGCUGGAUAUUUCGGAGCGGGAGGUGGACGAGGCGCGGCGGAGGUUCCAGGAGCUGGGGGAAAGGAGGUCCCGCGGCCCCGGGUCGAACAUGGUGUGCGAGUUUCAGGCGGUCGACUGGCUGGGGGAGCGGCCGUACGACGACCCCGUGGCCGGACCCGGGUCGUACGGCGUGGUGACGUGCAUGUUCGCACUGCACUACUUUUUCGUGUCGGAGGGGAGUUUGAGGAUGUUUUUGCGAAAUGUUUCUGCCAACUUGCGAUAUGGCGGCUACUUCAUCGGCACGGUUCCCAGCGGUCGACGAGUGAUGCACUUGCUGGGUGGUAGGCCGGAGUUCCGCUCGCCCAUGCUACGACUAAAACGCAGGUGGCAGGACCCCUUCCGGCCCCCACUGUACGGCGCGGGGUAUAUUUGCGACAUUGCCGACACGGUUACAGCUUCCCUGGAGGGGGCGACCGAGGGCUCCCUGGAGUAUUUGGUGGACCUACCCACCCUGGAGCGAGUGGCGGCAGCGGAGGGUCUCCUUGCCGUACGAGAUUACAUGGAUCCCGUACUGGCAUCGAAUUUCAAAGACGAGGAUCUCGAUGCCCCUUUUAAGCACUUCAAACCUUUCUUCCUGCACUCGCUCCAACUGGACGAGGUGCCGGGCAAUCCGCCCCCCAUGCCACCAAGCAGUUUGGAGCGGGCGAGUGCCCUCUUCGCCGCCUUCGUGUUUCAAAAAGUCAACUCUCCGGACGCCAUCAGUGUACCCUUGGCUCCGGAAUGCAGCUUCAUGCAGGAGAGGAAAAUUAAUCAACAUCAUCAACAGCACGGGAGAGGUUUCGGAGCCCCAGGCGGAGGCGGAGGCGGAGGCCCUCCCGGGAUGGGGCCACCUAUGGGCGGCCCUAACCAGCUCCUCCAUCCCCACUACAACCACAUGGGCCCUCUGGAGGGACCCAUGGGCCACAUGGGUCAACAUCACCAAAUGGGAGGCGGGCCGGGGGGCCCCCGCGAUCUGUCCGCGGCGCUGUGGCGCCCAUCUAUGUGUGCUGCUGAGUUGCUCAAACAGCGGAAGCAGUGUGCUAGGGACAUCGGUUUCAUCCGGAGCCACCGGACGUACCUUCACGUGGAGGAGGCCGUGGUGGUGAGGGCGGUGGUGAGGACGGUGGUGAGGGCGGUGGUGAGGGCGGUGGUGAUCUCCGUGGGUGUCCCCCUGGAGCGCUACCAGCUGUACGGCAGUCUCAGCCGUAGCGGCUACCUGGUGUGGGGUGGCGGCGCCUGGGCUGCGUGCUACAGUCGUACCCCUGCAGUGCCCGGGGCCCUUCCGCCACAGCCCAUGCAGCAACAGCUGGUGGCGGCGCGGGCUGCUACUGCCGCCGCCGCUACUGCCGCCGGGGACGCGGCAACACCGAUGGAUGUUGAGCUGCCGGGGGGUCCAACGGCGGCGGCGGCGGAGGCGGCAACCGCAACAGAUGGACUCCGUGGCGUCGGAGUGAAGCAGCGACCGCCCUCGCAACAGCCACACAGGCUGCCGCCGCCGCGGCGGCGGCGGCUGGCGGUGACGGGCGCCGACCCGGCGUCUCCGCCGCCGCCGCCGUCAGCGUCGUCGCCAUCGACUGGAUGUCGUGGCUGGUGGCGAGAGGCUGGACCUGACCACCCGCACCUGCAGGGACUGCCUGCGGAGUACUUCCGACAACAACCGCCGGGAGUCGUUGCGGACCGGCUUUCGGUGUCACUUCGGACGUCCUUUCCAAACUUGCAGCCCCUGGACCCCAUUCGAUCGGCGGCGCCGACGGCUGCUGCUGCGGAGGCGGUGGCGGCGGCGAACACCGCGCCUCGUGAUGACGCCGAGCCGGUGGCGACUGGCGGCGGCGCCAGGAGCAGCAGCAGCAGUGGUGGUGGGAUCUUUUUAGGAAUCCCAUCAAAUAAUGCGCAUUUGGUGUUUGACGUGUAUAAGCCAGGAAGCUUUGUAAGCCGGUACAAGGGUCAGCUUCCUGCCGUACAGACACACGUUGCAAUCUGUUCGGCGGCGCCGCCGACGCUGGGAGAGAUGCACGCGGCGGACGCUGCAGCUGCGUCCGCUGCAGUGGCGGCUCCAGGGGAGCCUGAGCGGCCCGCCAGCGUUACGUGGGCGACGGUGCUAAAUGGCGACGUGGCGUUGUUUAGCUUUGGGGAAGCCGAUUUGCUUUGCCUCUUGUAG